GACUUUUAAUACCACAUGUUUUAGAAUCCGAAACUACAAUUAUGUCAAGAAUUGUCCCUACUAAUUUCUUCUCACAGCAUUUUAGUUUUCCGACCCAUGGCUAUUACGUCUGGCAACAGCCGGUGGUAGACCAAUGGACGUGCAAAGUAGAGAUAAUCACACUAGUAACAAGGCAGUAUGGCCUCUCUUUGCAACCCUAUCAAACUGUGUCUGGCAACCAGCCGACAGUUUUGGUAGAAGUGCAAACAGAACGUGCUCAUGCCUGGCAACCAGCCGGUGAUCGUUCUGCUUGUAAAGAAAGCACAGAUGAAUCUGAUUCUGAUAAACCGAAAUUAACAGUUACAACUUCACCCAGUUCACCAUCUUCCAAGCCAAAAA